AUGUUCGGGCAUGCGAUGUCAGUGUGUAAGACUGCCUUGAGGCGCAUCGAUGCGAUUCACAGCAAAAUACCUUACAUUCGAACCAUCAGGUUCAAUUUCAUUACAAUACACUAUAUUUAUCUCAUUACUUGGACGAUUGUUGGGUCGGUGGUCGUCUUCGCCGGUAGUCCGAUGAGAUAUAUUGACGCCCUCUUUUUUUCCUCUGGCGCUGCUACCCAGAGCGGGCUGAACACCAUCGAUUUUAAUCUUGUGCCAACAUAUGCACAGAUUUUCUUGUAUAUUAUUUCAAUGUGGACGAAUCCGAUCGUCAUCCACUCGUUUGUUGUCUUUGUCCGCCUAUAUUGGUUCGAAAAAAGGUUCGAAAAAAUUGCGAGGGACGCUCGUGCUUUGCGUCACACCAGGUCAAGAACUUUUACCACAGGGGGAGAUCAACAUGACGCUGGGCGAGAAGAACAGGGUGUCCGUGGCCAGUCAAUUGUCGUUCUCCGUAAUGAGGCUGGAGAGGCGCGCGACACUGUGCAGGAUAUCCCCAAGGCCGAGGCUGAAGGUAGCUCAGAGACAGGGUCUUCCAAUGGAAAUGAGGAAAUUCGCCAAGGAUCCGUUACGUCUGACGGACAUGCCAACGGUACCCUUUCGCCUGGUGAAGAAAUACGUCUCCCUACUCAACGCAGCACUGAACACCACAUCGCCUUCCUGGAGCAUCAGCGCGCCGACAAAGGCACCUUGCGUAUACCCAGUCCCCGAGAGUACGAUCGUGGGGGGGUCCCACAAGCCUUAGAUGAUGUGCUAGAGACUCCAUCUAGCCCAAAGACCCGGCCGGCCGUCGAAGAGUCGCAGGAUACGGCGAAUGAUCUUGGCAACCACAUUACGAUCAACGAGCCCGAUAUGAUGCGUCUUAGAACACGCACAGGCACAUUCCCUCGAAUGGAAUCUCGCCGUACCACUGCUCGCGAUGAAGAAGGAGAGCCGUCGAAUCUUGCACGGAGCCGUACACGAAGAGGCACCUUCACUGGUAUUUUCCGGUCACUUACGCAAGAACAAGAGAAAGAUACGAUGCCAUACCUGAGUUGGAACGCCACGAUUGGCAGAAAUUCUGCCUUUGUUGCCUUGACGGAAGAGCAACGUGAGGAAUUGGGUGGCAUCGAAUAUCGCGCACUGAAAACCCUAGCCCUAGUUCUUAUCGGCUACUUCUUUGGCUUUCACAUUUUGGGAAUUAUAUGUCUAACACCAUGGAUCCUCCACAGCGAACGCUAUGGAGCUAUUGUUACAGGUGAUGGACAAGGCCGCCCGUGGUGGGGUAUCUUCACAUCCCAGUCAUCGUUCAACGAUGUUGGGUUCACUUUGACACCUGAUUCGAUGAUCUCUUUCGGUGAUGCCAUAUUCCCGCUCCUACUCAUGAGUUUUCUCAUUGUCAUCGGAAACACUGGAUUCCCUUGCAUGCUACGGUUUAUCAUCUGGGUUCUUUCAAAGUUUACGACUGACGGUAGCCCAUUAUGGGAGGAACUUCGUUUCUUAUUAGACCAUCCGCGUAGAUGCUUCACUUUGCUUUUCCCUCGCAACGCGACAUGGUGGCUCUUUGCUAUUUUGGUGAUUAUGAAUGGGCUUGAUCUAAUAUUCUUCAUUAUUCUCGACAUCAACGACCCUACCAUCACUGCAAUUCCAGGAGGAAUUCGUGUCGUAGAUGGCCUUUUCCAGGCAGUUUCGACCCGAACGGCAGGUUUUGGCGUUGUCAAUCUCUCGGACCUUCAUCCAGCAAUUCAGGUGUCGUAUCUGAUCAUGAUGUAUAUUUCUGUCUUUCCCAUCGCCAUCUCCAUGCGACGAACAAAUGUGUAUGAAGAAAAAAGCCUAGGUAUAUAUAACUCUGCCCAGGAAGAUGAAGAAGAUAUCCAUGAACCUAGUUACAUUGGGGCGCAUUUACGCCGACAACUUAGUUUCGACUUAUGGUACAUUUUCCUAGGAUUGUUCGUCAUCUCAAUCGUGGAAGGCACCCGCAUUCAAAAUAACACUGAAUAUGUCGCAUUCACAUUAUUUGCGGUGCUUUUUGAAAUCGUCUCGGCAUACGGAACGGUCGGGUUGUCCUUUGGAUAUCCAAACACCAAUGCCUCGUUCUCCUCGCAAUUCAGCGUGAUUUCAAAGCUAGUUAUCAUCGCAAUGCAGCUCCGCGGCCGACAUCGUGGGUUGCCUUAUGCGUUGGAUCGCGCCAUUCUUCUUCCAUCCGAGUCCCUGCAUCAAAAAGAACAGGCCGAUGCGGAGCGGCGCAUCCGUCGUCGAGCGUCUAACGCUAGCAACAUGUCGGCUGUCAGUGGCCGUGCCUCUGGCGUAUUUCGAGCUGAAACCGGCCUGUCGAUAGGCAGUAGAAGUAGGGCUGGGCGCUCGGCGGAGCGUUUGUGA